UAACAAAGCAGUGAACUCGUGAAGAGGGGAACGGACUCGGACGGGGAAUUGGGUCGCGGCCGAAAUAGAAAACGGCACCUCUAUUCGAUCACUUUUUAGGCGCUCUCUACAGUCUCUACUCUCUACUCUCUACUCUUUCGACUUCCCCGUUCACCGGAGCGAGCUGCAGCAGCGGGCCAAACAAACACCAAACACAAAAAAAAGAACUCCCAAUCCCCGUAAUGCUCGUCCCACCUCUCUCCCGCCAAAACCAAACCCUCGCCUCCUCCGCUACGGCUUCGUCCCCCCUCCCUCCCUCCUCCCCCCAAACCCUAACCCUAGCUCCCACGACUCCGACCUCUCCACGACGAGCAAGAAGAAGAAGCCUCCAUACAAGCCCCCCUCCUCGCUCGACCGGACCGGGCUGAAACCGGUCCACUCCGACCUCCCCUUCGAUUUCCGGUUCAGCUACACGGAGAGCGACCCCAGCGUGAAGCCCAUCGGCCUCCGCGAGCCCAAGUACUCGCCCUUCGGCCCGGGCCGCUUGGACCGGGUCUGGACCGGGGUGGCCGCCCCCGCGGUCGACCCUACGCUGCGGUCCGUCGAUGGCGACGAGCCGGGCGCGGCGGUGGACUCGGAGAAGGCGAGGAAGAUGAGGGAGAGGAUCCUCGGCGCCCCGCUGUCGCCGCCCGAGAGGAAGUUUCUGAUCGACAAGUGCCAGAAGAAUCGGACCAAACGCCAGGUCAAUCUGGGGAGAGAUGGCCUCACACACAACAUGUUGAAUGACAUUCACAAUAAUUGGAAAAGUGCUGAAGUUGUGAGGAUAAAAUGUCUUGGAGUGCCAACAGUUGAUAUGCAAAAUGUCUGCACCCAGCUUGAGGAAAGGACUGGCGGUCUAAUCAUCCACAGGCAUGGCGGUCAGAUCAUUCUGUAUAGAGGAAGGCACUACAAUCCGAAGAAAAGGCCUGUAAUUCCUUUAAUGUUGUGGAAACCUCAUGACCCAAUCUAUCCGAGGUUGAUUAGAACUACUAUUGAGGGUCUAACUAUUGAGGAGACGAAGGAAAUGAGGAAGAAAGGCCUUGCUGUUCCUGUCUUGACGAAGCUUGCCAAGAACGGAUAUUAUGCUAGUCUGGUACCGAUGGUUCGGGAUGCUUUUUUAACUGAUGAGCUCGUCCGAAUAGACUGCAAGGGACUGCCAAUAAGUGACUAUAAGAAGAUCGGCGUUAAGCUCAGGGACCUGGUUCCUUGCAUUCUUGUGACAUUUGACAAGGAGCAAAUUGUAGUGUGGAGGGGAAAGAACUACAACUCAAACACCUGCAAUAAUGUCGACAAGAAGUCUUCCCCAUCAGUGAUUGUUUCAGGUAGCCAUCAGGAGAGCUGCGGGGAUAUUCUUGAUGACACUUCAGAUGGCUGCCCUUCUGAUGAAAGCUCCUAGAUGUGCAUAGCCGGUAGCAACACAUACAGAACCAGUUGUUCCAGAAAUGAUUCCCUCACUAAUCGGAUGAGCAGGAAGAUUUCAAAUCCUAUGGGCUUAUACAGCCACAUACCAAGCCGAAGGUGUGACAUGAUUUACCCGACAGUGUAUUGAAAGAUCUGCUUAUAUAUUCAUGUUUUCCAGGAUAAUAACCGCUGCUGAGAUCACAAAGGGAAAUUCAGUAAACUGAUUUGACUGGUCCAAGGCAUCCUUUUUACGGUACUUGAGAAUCCAUGCAUGAAAAAAGGGUUGUUCGAGCAGGGUGUUGAACAGGUCAGCAUUCAUGUACUGGAAUUGCAGUCAGUCAGUUAUUCAGCUGAGAAAAAGUUGAUAUA